AUGGUUGUUUCAAGACCAACUACCCCGGAGUUGACCAAGGAAUUAAACAUCCCAAAGGAUGUUGCUAGCGCUAUGAGGAAGUCAUUAUCCUAUGACUUCCUAAAUGUGAACAACAGCAACGAGCAGGCAAGUCCUAUUGGGACACCUCGAGUUGACACUUCUAUGUCGUGUACUACAGGGACGGGGGUUAGCAAUGUAAGAGUGAGGGGUCCGCUAAGUGUGAUGAGCUCUGAUAAUGCUUCAAACGAUGUCUCUCCUGAUUAUCAGCUUUGGAAUCAUCACAUAACCAAUGCAAGUCCUUCGGUAUCUACAACAACGACUUAUAACAAUGUUCUCGAGAUAUUGCAGGACUGGGAUUUCUCUGGAAACUCGUCGGGCAACCAUAAAGACGUGCAGAGACGUGGGUCUAUUGAAGAUGUUCUAAAGGUUAGACAUUGGUUGAAUCCCCGGUCGUCCUUUUCCGCUGCUUCUGUAAACGAACCGGAAUUAUACCCUCCUAUGUCUGAUAAAAGUUCGUCUGCAAACUUAUCUCUUUCUUCCAUUCCGGCGGCAGAAAGAAGGUGUUGGGUAACUUUUAUCUCUGAUAUGUCUGACUUGAAACCAAUAAUUACAUUACAUCAGUCAUUAAUUGCAAGCCAGUCAAAGUACAAGCUUCUAGUUCUCUAUAGUCUAGAAAACCAUGGUAUCACUGAGUAUUUGCAGCCGUACAAUAUCUCAUGUUUGGGGAUACACCCUUUGAAACCUAUUGUCCCAAAUGAGCUGUCGGCUAAUAUAACGUACACUCGAGAGUGGUCUGUAUUAUCCAUGUGGAAUGAAUUAUAUGAUAAGUUUGACUUGCUUGUGUAUUUAUCCCCUUACUCUGUGGUUUUAUCUAAUGUUGACGAAUUAUUGGAUUUAAGUGAUGAAAUAGACAAUGAGACAUGUGUGUUAAUAAUAAAUGGUACCAAAGUACCGUCAUUAAUGUCCUUCAAACCACAUACUGAGGUAGCGAUGGUUCUUGAAGAAUUUGUAACUAUAUAUGGGCAGGAUUGGGAUAAAUUGGCGAAAUUAAAUUCUAUGGAUGACUGGAGCAUCUUAGACACCUUGUUUGCCUCAUCCACUAGCAAGAUUGGAGAGCAAUAUGGUUUAGAUGUCCGAAAAAUAGAUCUAAAAGAACCACAAAAGGUAAAGGUGCUUGAUUUCAAUGAAUCAAAGCCUUGGUUAAAAAAUAGUGAUGAUCUUAAUGAUUAUGAUAAAUUAUGGUGGGAGGUAUGGGAUAAACUUGAUACGUAG